CGGGAUCGGGACGCCCCGCCCCGCCCCGCCCCCGCCCGCGGGGAUAAGGAGGCCUCCGCCCUUCCAGCCGCGGAGAAGCUGCAGCCGGAGGUGUCGCGAGCCGCAUCCAGAGCCGCUGACGAGGACCCGGGAUGUCGGAGCUGGAGAAGGCCGUGGUGGCCCUGAUUGACGUCUUCCAUCAGUAUUCUGGGAGGGAGGGGGACAAGCACAAGCUGAAGAAAUCCGAACUCAAGGAGCUCAUCAACAGCGAGCUUUCCCACUUCCUGGAGGAAAUCAAAGAGCAGGAGGUCGUGGACAAAGUCAUGGAGACACUGGACAGCGAUGGAGAUGGCGAGUGUGACUUCCAGGAAUUCAUGGCUUUUGUCGCCAUGGUUACCACUGCCUGCCACGAGUUUCUUUUGAACACGAGUGAACUGGAGAAAACCGACACGCAGUUCCUGCAGCGGAGACGUGCGCAUCGUGCAGGGCAGUGGAGGCAGGGCUUUGGCAGGACAGUAGGCGCUGAGCUUUCCGGCUGUGUUGUAGCUAAUUAGGAAGCUUGAUUUGCUUUGUGAAUGGAAAAUUUAAACCUCUUUCCAGGGGCAGUUUUAGUGGCCCCCGUCAUUGCUCCUGCAAUAGUAAGCAUACAGUUAGCUGACUGGUCCCAGGACUGCUGGUAAUCUUCAUUUAGGAAAGUCAGUUCUCGGUCACGAAGCGUGUGCUCUCCUAGCUGUGUAGACCUUAGCCAGAAAAAACAAACUGACCAGGAGCAUUGGGGUUUUCUUAAGCUUCCACUACAUUUAAAAUACGAAGCCUUGUCCACUAUCCUUCGCAAAGGCUGCCCUUCGUUAAAUCUGUUCCUCACUGGGGCAAAUGAGACCUAUCAUGGGAGGGUGGCCUGACCAUCUGUGCCACCCACCCAAAGAGCGCGGCCACAUCUAGAUCCCUUCCCUGCGGUGUGCUGUGAUUGUCGCGCAUGUGAUGCUGCCAGUUCUGGGUGGAACAUCUGCCUCAGAAAGCAAGUGCUGACAUUAUCACUGUGAUUGGAACUGAGAAUGGAAAUUCUA